AUGGCCCAGUCUGCAGACCAAAUGUCACUGCAGGUGAUACCGACUGUCAGCAAUGCAGCCUUGCUUCAGCCAGGCUUCUCUCUCCUCAAUUUUGGUGGGCAUGUUGUUUUUUUUGGGCAGAAAGGAUGGCCAAAGAGAUCCUGUCCCACUGGUGUUUUCCUCCUGGAUAUAAACCAGAAUGAGCUCAAAAUGAAGCCUGCCUUUUUCUCCAAGGACUCCUGCUACCUCCCCCCUCUGCGCUACCCCGCUCUCGGCGUGCUCAGGGCCAGCGUGGGGACUGAUGAGCACCAGUAUGUUAUCCAUGGAGGGAAAACACCCAACAAUGACCUUUCUGACAAGGUCUAUCUUAUGAGUCUGGUAAGCAGAAACAGCAAGAAAACCACGUUCCAAUGCACUGAAAAAGAGCUGUGUGGAGAUGUCCCUGAAGCUAGAUACGGGCAUACAAUUAAUGUGGUUCACAGCCAGGGAAAAAGCAUGGCUGUUAUAUUUGGAGGGAGAUCAUACGUUCCUCUGGCACAAAGAACCACUGAAAAAUGGAACAGCAUAGUUGACUGUUUGCCAUCUGUGUUUCUCAUUGAUUUUGAGUUUGGAUGCUGUACAUCAUACAGACUCCCGGAGCUUCAAGAGGGACUCGCUUUUCAUGUUUCAAUUGCCAAAAAUGACUCAGUCUACAUUUUGGGAGGCCACUCACUUCAAAAUAACACCAGGUCUCCCAGUUUAUAUAAACUAAAAGUUGAUCUGCCACUGGGCAGCCCCUCUGUGACCUGCACCAUCCUGCCAGGGGGAAUUUCUGUGUCAAGUGCCAUAGUGACUCAGACCAAAGACUCUGAAUUUGUCCUUGUGGGGGGCUACCAGUCUGACACCCAGAAAAGGUUGGUGUGUAACACAAUCCUUCUGGGAGACAAUAAGAUAGAGAUUCUUGAAAGAGAGGGCCCAGACUGGACAGCAGCUAUUAAACACUGCAGGACGUGGUUUGGUUGUGACAUGGGAAAAGGCUCUGUGUUGCUGGGCAUUCCAGGUGCCAACAAGCAGUUCAUCUCAGAUGCAAACUACUUCUACAUUUUGAGAUGCAAAGGAGCAGAAGAGGAGAAGGAGGAAGAACUGAGAGUGCCAAUUUGCAGUCAGACAUCGACAGAAAACCCUGAAGACUCUUCUGCAUUUGAAGAUUCAGAGGAGUUCUGCCUUAGUGCUGAAGCAAACAGCUUUGAUGCUGGUGAUACUGACACUUACAAUGAAGAUGAUGAAGACGAUGAAUCAGACACAGGCUACUGGAUCACCUGCUCUGCUGGCUGCAGUGUUGACAUCAACACCUGGGUCCCUUUCUAUUCAACAGAACUCAACAAGCCUGCAAUGAUCCUGUGUUCCAGUGGGACUGCCCACUGGGUCCAUGCACAGUGUAUGGAUCUGUCAGAGAGGAUGCUCCUACAGCUCUCAGGAGCAAACGUCAAGUACUUCUGCAAGGAGCACGUUGCCCUUCACAGAGGGCUACAAACCCCCCAGAGAGGGCUGCAGCUCAAAAAGCAGCCCAGGAAACCACCGAGGAAAAAGUCUGCCCUAAAGUUAGCAACACCAGGGAAAAAAUCCUUUCUUAGGAGACUGUUUGAAUAA